UUUUGCAUAUCCUUGAAUCUUGCAUAUUAUUGGUUGAAUCUUGCGUUGAAUUUGAAAUAAAAAUGUGGAGAAACACAAAGGCAAUUUCCGACGACCAUGAGUUGGAGUCGCAAAUACUUGAUCGCGGCGGAGUUGGCACAUUGCUGAGGAAUGAACGAGGGUUGAAUUCGCGAAUUGAAAAGAGUUACAGAGGUCCAAAAUUUGUACAGAGUUACAGAGAUCUCAAUGGGGAUGAUAGUAUCGUUAAAAAGGUGGCCGGGGAAGAGUUGAUAUUCACCACUGAAGAAGUGGAGAAGCUGGUUGGGGAAGCUUUGGGUGCAGAUUUCCAAAUGAUCAUUUUAUCCGACAAAUCCUAUGCUGCACGAUUUGACCGUAUAUCGACGGACCUGACGGGUGGUGUGACUAUCUUUUCGUACAGGCUUGCUGGUCCAGUAUGGGAUGAUCACAUGAAGGAUUACAACAGUAUCGUUCAUGAAGUCCAUUUCGGUAAAACUGAUGAUGAUUUUGAGGAAGAUGUAUGGUGUCUGUAUUGUUAA